UGCGCGCCGCCGUCGCCCGGGUCAUUGAUGAAGCAGUACCAAAAUGGGUCCAUGAAGUUAUUCGGCCACUUGCCGCAGAAUUGGAGUUCUUUAUGCCCCAGCCCUUUGUAGGGGAAAUUCUGGGACUGUGCAAAGCGCUGGGGAUAAGUCUGGGAGAUGGAGUUUUGCUGAACUUUGCCUAUGAGUCCACAGCGUUCUGUACCAGUAUUGUUGCUCAGGAUGAUAAAGGAAACAUUUACCAUGGUCGGAACCUGGAUUAUGAUUUUGUAGAUAUUUUAAGCAAGAUUACAAUUGAUGUGCAAUUUAUAAAAUGUGGGCAGAUAGCAUAUCAAGGCACUACAUUUUUUGGCUAUGUAGGCCUAUGGACUGGACAGAGCCCCCACAAGUUCACAAUCUCUGGUGAUGAACGAGAGGGUGGUAGGUGGUGGGAAAAUGCAAUAGCUGCUUUCCUGAAUCGAAAUUACCCGGUCAGCUGGCUUGUCCGAGAUACCCUGAGCAGAGCGGAGGACUUUCAGUCUGCUGUUCUUAGCCUAGCUAGCGUUCCCAUCAUUGCAGAAGUGUACUAUAUCGUAGGAGGCGUGUCACCCAAAGAAGGCAUGGUCAUAACGAGGAACAGAAGAGGGCCAGCAGAUCUCUGGCCUCUGGAUCCUUUAGGUGGAGAGUGGUUUCGUGUGGAGACAAACUAUGACCACUGGACUACCCCUCCUCCUUGUGAUGAUCGAAGAACUCCAGCCAUCAGAGCUCUCAAUGUAUUGUCAGUGAAGCCGGUCUUAAACAAUAACACAGUGUAUACCACAGUAAUGAGCGCUGCAUUUCCAGAUAAGUACAGGACGUGGAUCAGGACUGUGACAUGAAAAGGGACAAAAUGGGUGAAAUGCUGAAGGUUUCCAAGACCAGCACAUACUUUUAAAAGUACUCUUAAAAGCACUGC